AUGGUAGAGCUAGAUGAUAUUGCUAUCGUCGGGUAUUCCUUCAAGCUUCCGCAGGAUGUGGACGACGACUUGAGCUUUUGGAAGAUUCUUCAGGAUCGAAGAAAUCUUAUGACUGAUUGGCCGGAGUCUCGAAUGAAUGGGGAGGCUUUUGUCAACAGCAGUCACAGUGCCGUGCAUGGCUUAGGCGGUCAUUUCAUCAAUGAAGAUGUGCGCGCUUUUGACGCUCCGUUUUUCUCGGUCACGGCAAAAGAGGCAGCAGCCAUGGAUCCAAUGCAGCGUUGGACCUUGGAGGUUUCAUAUCGCGCUUUUGAGAAAUCUGGAAUCCCCGUAGAGACCCUGAAAGCCUCGCGAACCGCAGUCUUUUCCGCCACUAUGAUCCAGGAUUACUCCAAUAUGAUGGCCAUGGAUCCAGAAAAUGCAGAACGUACAGCUGUGACUGGCAGUGUGGUUCCAUGUAUCAUUCCGAAUCGCAUCAGUUGGUACUUCGACCUACGGGGGCCAAGUAUCCAUGUGAACACAGCCUGUUCGAGUAGCUUGGCAGCGGUUGACAUGGCCUGUAAGACCCUGCGAAGCGGUGAUGCUUCUUGUGCCAUUGUCACGGGAUCCAACUUGCUGCUCGACCCCGCCGUCUUCCAGAUGUUGUCCGCUCAGAACUUCUUGUCUCCCGACAGCAAGUGCUACAGCUUCGACCAUCGUGCCAAUGGGUAUGCUAGAGGAGAAGGCAUUCUUGCUGUCGUUCUGAAGCCACUCGCUGCAGCCCUAAAAGCUGGUGAUACAAUUCGUGCAGUUAUCCGUUCAACGGGGUCGAACCAAGAUGGACGCACUCCUGUACUCACGCAGCCGAGCUCUCAGGCACAAGAGGACCUCAUCCGGCAUGUCUACAGGAAGGCCAGUCUUUCUUUCGAGCAGACAAGAUAUUUCGAAGCCCAUGGAACUGGGACACCGGUCGGGGACCCAAUUGAGAUGAGAGCAAUUGGCCGAGUGUUCCGCAAAAGCCGGUCACUACAAAGUCCUCUCUAUGUGGGCUCGGUGAAAGCAAAUAUAGGCCAUCUGGAAGCAGCAAGCGCAUUGGCCAGUGUAGUUAAGGCAAUAUUGAUGCUUGAAAGAGGUGUCAUUCUACCCAAUGCGCUUUUUGAAAAAGUCAAUUCCUCUAUGGAUCUCGACUUUUACAAUAUCAAGGCUCGUUCCCCGGACUCCGAAUAUCUCAUGGUCCCCACUGAAAACAUACCAUGGCCAAGUCCCGGUCUACGUCGGAUAUCGGUAAAUUCAUUUGGAUUUGGAGGCUCCAACACACAUAUAAUACUCGACGAUGCGUUUCAUUACUUGCAAGAUCGGGGUUUGACAGCACUUCAUUGCACGAUUUCCGAUCGAAUACGCAGCAACGGGGUCAAAAAAGCCCUUAUCGAUGGGAAUUCUCGAAAUAACGGCGCUCUCAAUGGGUUGGAUAGUAACCAUACAGGAACAAGCCGAAUGGUUAAUUCCAAGGUACUGGUCUUUUCUGCUGCUGAUGAGAAAAGCGUUAAGCGGAUGGUGAAAAACUACAGCAAUUUCUACAGCAAGGCAAUUGCCGAUGAUGCUGUCAGACUCGAGAGAUUGAGCUUUACACUUGCCGCUCGGCGAAGCCAUAUGCUUUGGAGAGGUUUCGCCAUAGUCACGAGCCCAUCAGACAAGGAAGGGGAAAAUAGCCUAGCAAUGGCUAAACCAAUCAGAAGUUCAACUGAGAUUGGUCUCGCUUUUGUGUUCACAGGCCAAGGGGCACAAUACGUGGAUAUGGGAUGUGGUCUUAUCCAAUUUCCUGUGUUUGCUGACACGUUGAAACAAGUUGAUAAUAUAUAUGGUGAACUUGGAUGCUCAUGGUCGGUAUUUGUUACAGAUGCGCUGCGGCACAAGGAGACAAUCGACAGUCCUGAAUAUAGCCAGCCUCUAUCAACGGCUGUACAAAUUGCUCUAGUGGAACUAUUGCGGAGUUUCGGUAUCAUGCCUAAGGCCGUUGUCGGCCACUCUUCCGGCGAGAUUGCUGCUGCAUAUUCUGUCGGUGCUUUAUCACUAUUUUCAGCUUGCAAGGUCGCAUACUUCCGAGGGAAACUAGCAAGAAACUUGAUCAAUACCAGGCUGUCUUCCACAGGCGCCAUGAUGUCUGUCAAUUUAGCCGAGGAGCAGAUUCCAGAAUAUUUGGAAAAGUUCGAAGACCAAACUAUGACUAGUUCCAUCAACACUGCUUGCGUCAACAGCCCCAACAACUGCACUCUAUCCGGCCUCGAACAAUCCAUUGAUGUGAUCAAGAGACAAAUGGAUAAAGAUGGCAUAUUUGCGCAGAAACUCAAGACAGGUGUUGCCUAUCACUCUCCUAUAAUGCAAACCAUUGCAGCCGAUUACUUCUCACUUAUCGGGAAGCUCGAAGGGGUGGAUCGUCGAGAGUCAAAAGCUGUAGCGGUGAUUCCGAUGGUUUCUUCGGUGACAGGCAAGGCCGUCCGGUCCGCUGUGUUGACUGAAGCACAGUAUUGGGUGGAUAACAUGGUUCUUCCGGUUAGAUUUAGCGACGCCGUGCAAACUUUGACACAGAAAUCAUCUUCUCUCAAGGUUGGUCUGGGCAAUAUUACUGAUUUAGUUGAAGUCGGCCCCCAUCCAGCCCUACGCCGGCCAGUGCAAGACACGAUAGAACAAGAGAAGAAUCGCAACAAGCAAAUACGAUACUCGAGCGUGCUACACCGAUCACAACCGGCGAUUCAAUCUACCUUAGAUCUCGCCGGGCGGUUGUUCUGCUUGGGAUAUCCGGUCACCAUAACAGCAGUAAACCAACAAGAUGCUGAGAAACCACAACCCUUUCUAGUUGACUGCCCUGAGUACCCUUUUGAUCGGUCUCAGCAUUAUUGGGCCGAGUCCCGACUCAGCCGCAACUUCAGACUUCGCGGAACAGUUAAAGGAGAGACACUAGGGGUCCGGGUGUCAGAUUGGAACCCCUUUGAGCCGCGUUGGAGGAAUUUCCUUAGCGUUGAAUCAUCUCCGUGGAUUGGGCACCAUAUGAUCAGUGAUACGGUAAUUUAUCCAGCUGCAGGUAUGCUUGUUAUGGCUAUUGAGGCCGUACAGCAAAUGGUCCCAGAAGGCCGAACUGCUGCCGGUUACUUGGUCAAAAAGGCCGAGUUUACAAGCCCAAUUAUUGUCUCGGAAGCAUGGGAGGAUCGAACAGAAACGCAAGUGCGACUGUUACCAGUUCAACGGCAGCACCAGAAUGAGGUCGUGAGUUCAUCUGACGUUGCUAUCUUCGCAUGCUCCCGCGGAGAAUGGGCUGAGUGCUUCCGUGCUAAAAUUGAUGUGGAUUACGAAAGUCUGUCAUGUGUGGACGAGGGUCUCGAAAAGUGCCUGUCAAACGAAGCAGUUAGGAAGCAAUUUAGACGAGCAACACAAUCAUGCAAACGUCCGGUCGACCCCCGUGUUUUGUACCGCGAUGCUAACGAACAUGGCCUACAAUAUGGUGAUUGGUUUCAACUGGUGCAAGAUGUCAAUUGGGAUGGCAAAUCAAAUGCUGUGGCGCAUGUUGAUGUAUCCAGGGCAAGAUAUGGAAGCACUAGUUUCGUGCAUCCCGCCGUAUUGGACCAAGCCUUCCAUGUUCUGCGGGUGUGCUCGGGGCAGCAGCCAGCGGCCAAUGUUCCCGUUAUCCUGGAGGAUGCCUGGUUUUCAUCUUCAGGGUGGCAACAUCCCCAGACGAACUCAAUCAGCUGGCUGGCAACUUCGACAACGGGUGAAAAACAAGGGUUCAAUUUCGGUGAACAAGGAAGCCUUCAGGCUUUGGCCGACAAUGGAGCCGUUUUGUGCACAAUUCGAAAAGCGGUGACGGCAGCAGUAUCAGCCGUUUCCACUGACAUAGACCAGAAAGAGAGGAGAUUGAUAUACGGCAUAGAGUGGAAACCGCAACUUAGUCUGAUGGAUCCUGAGCAGAUUUCAAAGAUGCUAGCCAGUGGUACUGUCGCCGAAACGGAGAGGAUCCUGGUCAGCAACUAUAGAAAGCUGCGCUUUAUUUUGAACAUCACAGCUGUCCAUGCAUUAAGAGCUAUCAACGAUGCCAAGGUGCCUGAGAGCCUAAAGCGGCAUGUUUCCUGGAUGAAGCAUCAUGUCAAGAAACUGCCUUUAUCGAUGAGGGAAAACGCAGAAAUGGCUAACAUAGUCGAUGUUGAGCGCUUGUUGAACGAGGUUGAAAUGCUGCUUCCGACGUGGAAACUGUACACGACUUGUGCGCGGAGCUUGCCAGACGUCUUUGCAGGCGAGAUUGACCCUCUCGAAAUUGUUUUCGGGUCGGACUUGGCUGAUAUAUUUUACGCUGAUUUGUUCCAAAAUCUAUGCACUGAUGGGCGGCUCUCGACCAUUCUUGACUUAGCUUCUCAUGAGAAUCCAGGAAUGCGCAUUCUCGAAGUCGGUGCCGGGACGGGCGGUAUGACGGGGCACGUUCUGGCAGCGCUGCAAAUGCGUGAGAAGCGCACCGGAACGCUCAGCUUCGCUGAAUAUGAUUAUACUGAUAUCUCGCCAUCUUUCUUCACUCGAGCAAGCGAGCGAUGGGCCGACUUGCAGGCCGAGGGUCGAAUGAAAUUCAAGACACUGAACUUGGAACAGGCUAUUGACAGCCAGGGUUUCAAGCCAGGAUCUUAUGAUUUAGUGAUCGCAGCCAGUGUAUUGCACGCCACGCCGUACCUGGAAGCUACUAUACAAAACGUUCGACGCGCUUUGAAGCCGGGAGGCCGUCUUGUGCUUCUUGAGGUCGUCAAGCCGGACGAUAUUCUGACGAGCUUCAUGGCGGGACUGGUUCCCGGUUGGUGGUUAGCUCGUGAAGACUGGCGGUCUCUUUCCCCCGCGGUGUCAGAAGACUUGUGGGAUCAGUGUUUACGAGAGAACGGCUUCUCGGGAAACGAUAUAGUGCUCCGCGAUUACCAAGCUGAUGAAUGCCAUAUCACCAGCAUUAUCAUCAGUACAGCACUGGAAACUACAGCUGUGACCGGCCCAUUGCUCGAAACACGUCGUCUGGUAAUUCUUGUUGACCAAGAUCAAUCACCCCAGCAGCUGCACUUGGCAGACUUGAUACGAUGUCACAUCGACCCUAGCAACCUGAUGGCGAUAAGCAUCUGCGCGUUUUCUUCGGAACACAUGAAAAAUAUCCUGCCAGCUUUGAGCAAAGACGACACCAUAUGUUGCGUGGCUGAAGUUAAUAACAGACCAUGCCUCACACUGUUGUCGGACGAAAGUUUCAAUGCCCUGCAGCAGUUGAUUAAAUUUGCACCCAAUAUGCUGUGGGCUACAUCGUCCAGCAUUAAUAGUCCUGACUUCCCGAGUUAUGGUGCGGUUCAAGGUUUCUUACGCUCCAUACGGGCCGAGCAACCUGAUAGCCAGAUUGUGACUAUGGCAAUCGAGGGUGAAACAAAUGACAACGAAAGCGCAGGAUUCAUAGCAAAGGCAUUUCACGCAGCAUUUGAGUUCCCGUCGUCAAAGGAAGUAGAAUACAUCGUCCGUGAUGGAUUCCUUGUGACAGGUCGAGCUGUCGAAGAUAUUGCUGGAAAUGAGGCGAUCCGACCUCUUCUAUCACAGCAACUAAAACAAAGGCCCUGGAGGGAAAGAGAAGACUUGAAACUUUCAGCCAGAAUACGUGGUGAUAUUGACUCGUUGUGCUUCGUUCAAGACAACCUUGGAAGUGAAAUUGGCCCUGAUGAGAUCGAGAUCGAGGCCCACUUUUGGGGGCUGAGCCACAGAGACAUUCGUUCUGUCCUUGGUCACUGGGCCGAUGACAAUGAUCGUUUGGUUGGGGAUUGUGCAGGUAUAGUGAUUCGAGUUGGAAGGGAUUGUGACCCAUCAAUCCAGUUAGGUGACCAUGUCUGUAUGGUAGCCCCAUGCUGCAUGCGCAAGUAUCCUCGUGCGCACGAAGAUUGUGUGAUAAAGAUACCCAACUUUCUGUCGACAGGGGUUACUAUCGCAAACCUCCUUCCGGUUAUGACCGCUUGUCAUGCACUGUUAGAAGUCGCCCGGCUUGAAAAGGGAGACCGUGUUCUAAUCCACUCGGCUGCCAGUGCCGUUGGUCAGGCUGCGGUUCAUCUUGCCAAAGCACAAGGAGCUGAUGUUUUCGUUACUGCGUCUUCAAGCGAGGAGAAGCAAAUCUUGGUGGAUGUCGUGGGAAUUCCUGAAAAUCACGUUUUCUCAAGCCGACACACCUCGUUUUCCAAAGGGCUCAUGCGUGUCACGCGUGGAUACGGAGUCGAUGUUCUGUUGAACUCACUUGCAGGCGAGGACAUGCAAUAUGCCUCAUAUAAAUGCCUUGCUCCUGGUGGGCGAUUUGUUGACAUCGGCCGCGCGACGAGUGACUCCAACACAAUGCUGCCUACCGGAGUAUUUGCGCAAAACGUCACAUUUUCCACGGUCGAUGUUUUGGAGCUUCCUCGUCGAAAAACAGCUAAGAUGCUAAACAAAGCUAUGCAGUUGCUGGCUGAGGAAAAGAUCCAACACUGCCAGCCAUUGCGCGUUUUCAACUUAUCAGAAGUUGGACAGGCAUUCCGGCAAUUUCAGGCUGGGGAAGUUAUCGGUCGCGUACUGGUGCGCCUAAGACCCGAAGAUGUAGUUCCGCAAUUCGGACAUGAAAGACUGAUUUGGACCUUCGACGAGCACGCAUCCUACCUGAUCGCCGGCGGAACGGGUGGUCUAGGCCGAGCAAUUAUGCAAUGGAUGGCUGAUAGAGGGGCUAAACAUUUAAUAGUUCUGUCUCGAUCAGGUCCUACUUCAACGGCUGCUGCGAACAAAAUAGCUGAGCUUACUGCGCGUGGUGUCAAAAUCUUCGCCCCGAAGUGCGACGUCUCCUCAGAAGCAUGCUUUCGCCAGGUCCUGGAGGACUGCGAACUCACCAUGCCACCCAUCAGGGGAUGUAUCAACGCCAGUAUGGUUCUUCAGGACGCGAUCUUUCAGGAUAGUAUGACAUUUGAGCAGUGGGAACUUACGAUGCGCUCCAAGGUGCAGACGUCAUGGAACCUGCAUCGAUUCCUUCCCGGAGAUCUGGACUUUUUCAUUCUUUGUUCGUCCCUUGCCGGUGUGGUCGGCCAAAUGGCGAGUGCCAACUAUGCCAGCGGGUGCUCAUUCCAGGAUGCCCUGGCGCAUUACCGCAUUUCUCAGGGGCAAGAAGCUCUCUCGCUCGAUCUCGGAUGGAUGCGGAAUAUCGGCAUCAUCGCCGAAACAAGCACAUAUCAGCGACAGCGCGAGGGAGCCGACGACAUGAACCCGAUCGAUGAUACCGAGCUUCUCGCUUUGUUAGACCUAUAUUGCGACCCAAGCCAUCAAUUUGCCGUGACACCCCAAGCGCGAGGCCAGAUUUUGUUCGGGCUGCGCACACCAGCCGACGUCCUCAGGCAGGGACGAAAGCCUCCAGCCAUUCUCGAGCGACCCCUGUUUUCCACAUUCUCAUACAUCACCGACCGUGGUGCGAGUACAAACACAGAUAGGUCCCAGGCAGCAAGCGCGGCAGCUCUGUUCUACCAGUCAAACGAUUCAACCGAGCGAAUUCAAAUUGUGCUGCGCGCUCUGGCAGUUAAACUGGCCCGGGCCAUGUCCAUUUCACCAGAUGAUGUCGAGCCGAGCAAGCCGUUAUCGGCCUAUGGUGUUGACUCACUGAUGGCAGUGGAGCUGCGAAACUGGGCAGGGAGAGAUUUUGGGGCUUCUGUGGCCGUGUUUGAUUUUAUGGGUGGCGUUUCUAUGGCGCAUUUUGCUGAUUUGAUUGUUGCGAAGAGCAGUGUGGGAAAGGAAGCAGAUUGA